GCGAUAUUUUUAGCGUAGGUUUGACUGCGUGUGUGAUGUGUUUUCGCGAAAAACGUUUACGGAUCGAUUGAAUCGGUUUUGGUUGAUGUUGGCCCGCACAUAGGACAAUUCUGGCAUCUGUUCCAUGCUGAGAGAAGACCUAUUGCUCUUCUUUUGAAGUGCAAUCAAAUCAAUAAUUUCAAUAACUGAUGUUUCAAAGAUUUUCGGCAAUUAGGACCUAUUAUGUGAAGAGAGGGCAGACAUUUGUUACGGGGAAAGCACGCACACUACAGACGUUUAAAAGUGACGAUAGUGACUUGAUAUUUGGCAUGCAUGAGAACUCAUGGAGCUGCACGGUCAUCCUUCAAGGUCAAAGGAUUCACUGUGUUGCUUUGUUUCCUUGUGUUGAGCAAUGAGUGCCGCAAAGAUGGUUGCCGACUCCACGCAGGGUGAUCUUCUAGAGGUGGGGUCCACACGAAAACGUAAGGUGGGCCAAAAGAAGAAACAGAAAAAGAGGAAAGACUCUGGAAAAAAGAAGAGAAAGAAUUCCUCUGAGGAUGAGUACGACAGCAGUGACCUUGACCUUGACAAGGUCAUUAUGCCACUGGGUCACUAUGUCAAGGACAGGGGGACUAUGCUGUCAGAGAUGUUUCACAGCAUGCAGGGGGAGUGUCUGCAGCGGAACCUGCCAGAUGUCUUAAAGGAAUUACCACUGGAAGAUCUCAAGAAACGAUGUCUAGAGCAGCUGGAGGUGAUGUCAAAAAAGCGCAUACGAAGGAUUAUAGCAGGAGACGACCCGACAACCAUUUCCUCGUCUGGAACAGACGAUGAGACCACUGACGAAGAAAACAAACAUGCAGGAGAAGAGAUUGAGGAAGGAGAGUUUGCAGAAAAAGAGAGGACAAUUGAGGGUGACAUGACAGGCACAUUGGAAGGAGACAUGGAGGGUGGUGACAUGGAGGGUGAAAGUGAGCUGGAAGAGCAAGUUGCAGACUCCACAUCUCUCUACACCCAUGACACGUCCCAGUCAGAAAGGGGUGAUUGGGAGGAGAGCAAUGCAGAGGACGGCAGUGUUACUGGUACAAACCACAGUCCUGCCUUCAGUGAUGACUACCAGGAAGUUGACCAUCAUAAUAAAAAUGAGGAAUACACAACUGAAACAAAAGAAUCUGCAACAGAAGGAAGUGACUUUGUUGAGACUCCUAAACUAAAAAAAGACGAGUAUAAACACAAAGAUACACUGCCAAUACAAACUCGUACUUCUGCUAAACCUAAGAAGAAAGCAAUUGUCAGAGAUCCAAAUGAAGAACCUGAAGAAGGUGAAGUCUUUGAUGAUGAUGAUGAGGAGGAGGAGGAGGGCGAGGAUGGAAAGAAGGAGAUGAAAAAAUGUGAGACUCAUCAUACAGCAGAACAUGGUGAAGAUCAAACUAAUCUUGUGACAAAAGUUGAGCUGAUAAAGGACGAACCAGUAGAGGAUUCAGAUGUUAACAUAGAUGUUGUAAAGGUUCCAGAUGAAGAUGGAAAGAGUACCUUCAGUAUUCCACAAAGAAAUGAAUUAAAGGGUACAGUUCUUAUUGAAGGAUUGACAGUAAAGGAACAAGUACCAAACAGUAUUGUAGGAACAAUACCAAGUAAUGAAACUGAGUCUCAAAGAAUAUUUGAUCAGAAACUUGACAUCAAAACCGAAUCUAACAUAGAAACAGUAGAGCAAACUUUUUCUAGAGAUGUAUCAAAUGAAGGUCAGGAAACUGCUAGAUCUGAUACCAGGAAUGUUAAAGUCAAAGCAAUAGACAAUCAUGCAGCUUCAUCACAAACAACUUGUUUGGAUCAGAAAAGAGUCGUUGUUGUCAAGGAUUGCUUCAAUGAGCAAAAACUGAAAGCUGAACAGAGUUUCGAAGCAGCUGAAGAUAUCAUUAGAAUGACAGCAGAUGACAGUGAAGGUAUUAUAAUAGUUGAAUCAGACAAUGAAAAAAGUGAAAGCAGCGAAUGCGAGAACAGUGCAAGUAAAGAAAAGGAUGGCAGUGAGAAUCCUGAUGUUGAUGCAAUUGAUAAUGGUUCUGGAGAAGAACCUGAUAGAAGUAAGGUUAAAAGCAUUGCUGGGGCAAGUGAAUCAAGUAGUCAAACAAGGAGGGUGGUAAAACCACCAAGCAGAGAGAUAGCCCCAGCCUUGACCAGAAAUCAGAUGGAGCUUCUGGAGCUAGAAAUGAGAGCAAGAGCUAUAAAAGCCAUGCUUAAGAAGGCCACAUUGAAGUAGAUCUUGUGUAGAUAACUAGGUUUGAUGUAAAAGAGGGUGUUGAUAAUAUUGUGUAAGAAAUGUUUUGUUAAAAGAUCACACCUGAAAAAUGUUUACUAUUUCCAAUUUAAUGUGAAGCUACAAACAACCAUAUUAGUAUAAUAAUUUAAUGCUCAAAAGUAAUGUGUUCAUUAAGUAUUGGUUAACCAGCAAACCGAAGAUUCAUGAAAAGUGUGAGCUGGUAAACUGGUUGCCCUGAUGUGACUAAAAUACAGUUGAUGACAGGGAUUAAAAAAAACAACAGCAAUGUGUUUAAUGUUCAUCUCAAUACUAUUUAUACAAACAGCUAUUCACUUUAAGCUGAGGUUUUGCAUGACUUGCUGUGAUAUAUCUGCACAAUAAACAACUGCUUGCAUAAACA